UGGCUCAUUGGGGAAUGGGGCAAGACCGUAGCGAGCUCCCUGCUGAAAAUUCGAAAGUGGUGCGCAAGUUGCUCUACGUAUUCGAGAUUUUCUAUGUUAUCAACAUAAUGACCAUCAAAAUAUCUAUUCUGAUUAUGUACCGUCGCAUUUUCACCAAUCUCUCAAAAACCUUCCGCGUGGGCUCGUUCAUAUGUGGCAGUUUUGUUAUACUGUGGGCUCUUGCCUUUGUGCCGACUGCCAUAUUCCAAUGCACCCCGGUGUCCAAAGCAUGGGAUAUCGACCAGCCUGGGCAUUGUAUUAGCUUGCGUAUCGGGUUCUUUUGUGUUGCUUUGCCAAAUGUUCUCACAGACAUUGCUAUUUUAUCACUUCCUAUACAAGUCUGCUGGCAGUUGCAAACCAGAAAACUCUAUCGCACCUUUAUCAUUGGUAUCUUUAUGUUAGGCACUUUUGUUAUUGGCGUCAGCAUCUAUCGAUUCACAACGCUGUUCAUAUACUCGCCGCACAAUGUCACUGGAACUAUUGGGCCAGCAACGCUCUGGUCCGUGAUCGAGUGUGCCGUGGCCAUCAUCUGUGCAUGCCUGCCCCUGCUCGUCCCAUUAGUACGAAGAGUGUCGCAUUGGUUUGGCUGCUCUCAAGCCUCAAAUGCCAACCAGAACCGCUUGGGAGCUGAAGAUGAUAAUAGUUCGCAUUACAGGCCUCGAAAAGCAAGAGUAGCAAGAGAAACAAGUCGUACCGAGAUUUUCCCGCGCAGAAUCAGCGCGCUACCCGGCUUCGAUACUCAAACUUUCGAAAACUAUGAAUCUUCCGCAGCCGGAUCAACCUCAACGGCGCAAAAUAAUGAAACAGAGAUGACAGAUCUUGAGGCAAAUUACAGGCCACAUGUCCCUUAG